CAUUGGGAAGUAAAAGGCAUAAAUCCUCUUUUCCUUUCUCUUUCUCUCUCCGUUCCGAGAAAUCUGCUUACCUAUUUUAAACAUUUUUUUUAAUUUAAAAAAAAAAAAGAAAAAAAAGAAAAAAAGUAUUUGCUUGUAUGUGAGGAUGCGUAUGAUUAAUGAAACGAAAAUGUUUCGAUCAUAGGGAGCCUCCGAUUCUGUUUGUUUCCUGAGAAAAUUUGUGAUUAAUACUAUUUUAUGAAAGCCUCCGUGGUUGGUUCUGUUUUUUCUGGUUUGAAUUGGAUUGUCUACUUCUUCGUUAUUUUGAAUGAUUUUGUGCGAUGGUUGUUGUUUCUGCUAAGAUCUUCGUCGAGGAAGUCGUUUUCGGAAUUCUUAUGACAUAGGCGUUCAGUAUUGAUUUUAAAACGUUGAGCUUGUACCAUGGAUAUUAGUGAGGUUGAAGAAAAUUUAUUUGCUGCAAGUGAUGCCAAGCUACAUGGAGGAAUGUGCAAGACUCUUUCUGCCAUAUAUUGUAAAGUACUAUCAAUUUUCCCUUCAUUGGAAGCUGCACGACCUCGGAGCAAAUCUGGUAUCCAGGCAUUAUGUUCAUUGCAUGUAGCACUAGAAAAAGCCAAGAGUACUCUCCAACAUUGUACAGAGAGUAGUAAACUUUACUUGGCCAUAACUGGGGACUCUGUCCUGUCAAAGUUUGAAAAGGUAAAAAAAGCUCUACAAGAUAGCCUUAAACGUGUUGAAGAUAUCGUUCCACAGUCAAUUGGAUACCAGGUUCAGGAGAUUAUGAAGGAACUGGCCAGUACUCAAUUUUUCCUGGAUCCUUUAGAGAAGCAAGUUGGUGAUGACAUUAUUUUAUUGCUCCAACAGGGACGAACAUUUAACAACACUGUUGACAACAAUGAACUUGAGGCUUUUCACCAGGCUGCUAUUAGACUUGGAAUAAACUCCUCAAGAGCAGCUCUUGCAGAAAGAAGAGCACUAAAGAAACUAAUUGACCGGUCUCGCACUGAAGAGGACAAGAGGAAGGAAUCAAUUGUAGCAUAUCUUUUGCAUCUCAUGAGGAAGUACUCCAAGUUAUUUAGAAGCGAGGUACCAGAUGAUAACGAUUCACAGGGUUCUGGACCUUGUUCACCCACUGUUCAGAGCUCUCUUGAGGACAGUGGAGCUGGUGGAAAUGGUCAAGCCUUUGAAAGGCAGCUAACAAAGAUUGGUUCUUUUACUUCGAAGCCAAAAAAUCGCAGAUUGGAGCAGAUUCCCCUUCCACCUGAUGAGUUGAGGUGUCCUAUAUCAUUGCAGCUUAUGUAUGAUCCGGUCAUAAUUGCUUCCGGGCAAACAUAUGAAAGGAUUUGCAUUGAGAAGUGGUUAAGUGACGGCCAUAACACCUGCCCAAAAACUCAACAAAAACUCUCUCAUCUUUCAUUGACACCGAAUUACUGUGUUAAGGGCCUGAUUGCAAACUGGUGUGAACAGUAUGGAGUUCCUGUUCCUGAUGGGCCUCCAGAUAGUCUUGACCUCAAUUACUGGAGGCUCGCGUUAUCUGAAGAGUCUCUAAAUGUGUCGCCUGUGGACUCUGUUGGUUCGUGUAAGUUGAAAGAUGUUAAAGUUGUUCCACUAGAUGAAAAUUGUGUAACUGAGGAGAUCAAAGGAAAUUUAGUGGAUGACAAGUCUGCUGAAGACCAAGAGUCCAAUAUAAAUAUGCUUGCUAGGUAUGAACAGUAUUUGAAAGUCUUAAAUGAGGAAUCUGACUUCAAGAAAAAGUCGGAGGUUGUGGAGCAAAUUAGACUGUUGCUCAAGGAUGAUGAAGAGGCGAGGAUAUAUAUGGGAGCUAAUGGAUUUGUCCAGGGACUUCUACGCUACUUAGAGAUAGCUGUGCAAGAACAAAAUACCAAGGCUCAGGAAAGUGGAGCAAUGGCUCUUUUCAACCUUGCUGUCAACAACGAUAGGAACAAGGAAAUAAUGCUGGCAGAACGGUUGAUUUCAUUGUUGGAGGAAAUGAUUAUGAACCCAAAUUCCCAUGGAUAUGCAACGGCCCUCUAUCUCAAUGUCUCCUGUCUGGAAGAAGCAAAAUCUAUUAUCGGCUCAAGUUGUGCGGUCCCAUUCUUGACUCAACUCCUCCAUGCCAAUACCGAAACGCUAUGCAAGCUUGAUGCACUUCACACACUUUACAAUCUCUCAACUGUGCCCUCCAAUAUUCCCAACCUGGUUUCUUCUGGAAUCAUCAAGGGACUUCAAUCCCUUCUUGCAUCCCGUCUCGAUCGAACAUGGACCGAAAAGUGCAUAGCCAUCUUGAUAAAUUUGGCUUCAAGUGAAUCAGGUAGAGAUCAAAUGUCAUCUGCUCCAGAACUUAUCGGUGGGUUGGCUGCAAUAUUAGACAAUGGCGAACCCAUUGAGCAGGAACAAGCAGUGGCUUGUCUCUUGAUUCUGUGCAGUGGCAAUGAGAGGUGCAGUGAGAUGGUCCUUCAGGAAGGCGUAAUUCCUGGGUUGGUGUCAAUGUCUGUGAACGGGACAGCAAGAGGUAAGGAGAAGGCUCAAAAGCUUCUGAUGUUGUUUAGGGAGCAACGACAACGGGAGUCACCGCCACCGACACCGACACCGACACCGACACCAAUACCGACACUGAUCGAGCGAUCAGAGAGUAGUGGGACAUCUAUGCCUGUGGCGGAAUCAAAGCCACUGUGCAAGUCAAUCUCAAGAAGAAAAACAGGAAAGGCUCUUAGCUUUUUAUGGAAAAGCAAAAGCUAUUCAGUGUACCAAUGCUAAAAAAGCUCAUUGGUGUUGUAAAUUUAAUUUUAUUUUUCUUCAUUUUUUUUUUUUUUGGGCGGGGGGGGGGGGGGUUUCGUUUAAUCUGAAAGAUGAGAUGUACAGGCCAGGUGUAAUUAAUUCGUGGAGUUUUGGCUUCUAAUUUCCAGAGUCAUUUGGUGAUAGAAAUACAAGCACCCAUUUAUCUCAAAUUUCAGCCCUCAA